AUGAGCGCUGUUUUGCGGGCUGCGUGCGUUCUCCUCCUCGGCCUCCUCUGGGCCUCGUGCUCCUCUCACCGGGUUCACAUCCCGCCUCACGAGGAGGUGGCCCGGAUGGCUCGGUUCAUCACGCACCAGUGUGACUGGGCCUCCAUGGCGACCAUCUCCACUCACCAGCCGAUAGUCGGGAAACCUUUCUCCAACCUGUUCUCCGUCAGUGACGGACCGCUGGGCCGCAGCACCGGGGUUCCGUUCUUCUACCUGACCCGCAUGGAGGUCUCUGUGCAGGACCUGCAGGUGAACCCAGCAGCGUCUCUCUCCAUGUCUCUGGCUCAGACUCACUACUGUAAACAGGAAGGAUUCGAUCCUCAGAGUCCUUUAUGUGCUCACAUCAUCCUGUCUGGAUCCGUGCUGGAGCUGGCCAAUGGGACGGAAGCAGACUUUGCAAAGAAAUCUCUGUUCAGUCGACAUCCAGAAAUGAUCGACUGGCCGUCUGAUCAUGACUGGUUCUUUGCCAAGUUCAACAUCACACAGGUGUUGGUGUUGGAUUAUUUCGGCGGAGUGAAGUCGGUGACUCCAGAGCAGUACUUCAACGCCUCUCCAGACAGGAAGCACCACUGAUGGACGAUGACGACGAGCUCGGGAAUCGAACCGGCGAGCUGGAGGAAAACCUGACGACGUCCUGGACUUUAAACCAGCAGAGAGACGCUGCUCACCAGUAACACAAAUCUAAUAAUAUGAAUAAUUAUGACAGAAAAC